AUGGGCCGGUGCAUCACUGUCGCGACCUGCUCCCUCAGGCAAUGGGCGUUGGAUUUCGAGGGCAACACGGCUCGAAUCAUCGAGUCGAUCCGACAAGCAAAGGCCGCGGGCGCCAGGCUCCGCGUCGGACCGGAACUCGAAAUUACCGGCUAUGGGUGCAAUGACCACUUCCUGGAAAGCGACGUAUUUCUGCACAGCUUCGAGAUGCUUGCGCGCAUCAUGAGCGACGAGAGCUGUCACGGCAUCCUGAUCGACACCUCGUGCCCGAUCCAGCACAGGAACACGAUAUGGAAUUGCCGAGUUCUGCUGUGCAACGGAAAGAUUCUCUACAUCAGGCCAAAGAUGGACCUGGCCAACACAGGCAACUACCGAGAAACGCGCUGGUUCACGCCUUGGAUGAAACGGGCUGGAUGGGAGGAGUACCAUCUGCCUCGUAUGCUGCAAAAGCUGCAAGGGGCCACCCAUGUGCCCUUUGGAGACGUGGUGCUUUCCACGCCGGACUCGACGUACGGAAGCGAGUACUGCGAAGAGCUGUGGGCCCCCGAAUCUGGCUCCGUGCUGCAGAGUCUCGACGGCAUAGAAAUAUUUUCCAACGGCUCAAGUAGCCACUACGAGCUGCAAAAGCUCGGCGAUCGGGUGCAGCUCAUCGCAGCCCAAUCCAAAAAGGUCGGGGGCUUGUACCUGUACAGUAACCAGCAAGGCUGCGAUGGCGAGCGAGUGUACUACGAUGGCUGUUCUAUGAUAUUUCUAAAUGGAGAGCUUCUGGCCGCAACGCCCCAAUUCACCCUCGAGGACGUGUCUGUGGCGACGGCAACCAUCGACUUGGAAGACAUUCGCGCGCAUAGGCAGAUUUCGUCGCGCAACUUCCAGGCUGCCAGGAAGACGCUGACGUACCACCGCAUCCACACGCCCUUUGAGCUGAGCCCUGACCUGGACGACGACCACCUCUCUCGUCGCCCAACCUUGCCCAGGGAACCCAAAUAUCACCACGUCGCUGAGGAGCUGGCACUCGCAGCCGGAUGCUGGCUCUGGGACUACCUUGCUCGGUCGGGCAGCUGCGGGUACCUGAUCCCGCUGUCUGGAGGCCUGGAUUCCUGCUCCACGGCUGUCCUCGUCCACGCCAUGGCUAGAAUUGCCAUUGACGCCAUGAAUGCCGGCAACAAGACCGUCACCGAUACUCUCAAGCGCUUGUUUGGCGACCAGGCUCUGCCCAAGACGGCCCAGGAGCUGUGCCACAGGGUCUUGCAUACCGUCUACAUGGGAGCCCGGGUGAGCUCCAGCGAAACGCGCCGGCGCGCCCGAGACAUAGCCGCCAGCCUCGGCAGCUACCACCUGGAAAUGUCCAUCGACCCGGUCUACGACGCCAUGAAGACUGCGGUGACUGAGAAUCUCGACAUCCACCCCAACUUCAAGACGGAAGGCGGCAGUGACGAGGAGGGAAAGAGUUUGCAGAAUAUCCAGGCACGCGUUCGAAUGGUCGCAGCAUACACGUACGCGCAGCUUCUACCCCUCAAACGCCAGCUGCGGGGCCAUUUGCUUGUCCUCGGCUCCAGCAACGUGGGAGAGUCACUCCGCGGAUACUUUACCAAGUGGGACAAUAGCGCGGCCGACAUCUCGCCCAUUGGCUCCGUCGACAAGCAAGACCUCGUCCGGCUCCUCGAGUGGGCCAAGGAGGAAUUCUCGCUCCCCGUCCUGGACGAGACGCUCAAGGCGACCCCGACGGCCGAGCUCGAGCCCGUCACGGAAGAGUACUGCCAGAGCGACGAGGCCGACAUGGGCAUGAGCUACGCCGAGCUCACCUUGUUUGGGCGCCUCCGCAAGGAGAGGAAGAUGGGGCCCUACUCCAUGUUUAUGCACCUGGUGCGGCUGUGGGGCAAAGACGGCGACGAGGUCGACGACGCUCCGUCCCUGGAACCCGCCGCGAUUGCGGACAAGGUCAAGGCCUUCCACCACUUUGUCGCCAUCAACGCUCACAAGAGGGAAACCCUCACGGCGUCGCUGCACUGCAACAGCUACUCGUGCGACUCGAACCGGUUUGAUCUGCGCCCCUUUCUCUACCCGCCGUUCUGGAAGAGCUGGAGCUUCAAAAGGAUCGACCGCGAAGUUGCAAGGCUGGCGCAGGGCAAGCAGAGGCCGGAACGACCAAGCUGA